UCUAGGACUUUGAACGGAGCCCGCGCCCAGGUUAUGUGUAUGGUUAGGAAACCAAUGAAAAUGACUGAGAAGCGCAAUUCCAAGGUAACACUUCCCAACCUCUCAUUAGCCGAAGCCCAUCACAAAGCUGCCAAGUUUUCUCUGAGUGACCUGCACCGUCAGACCAAUUCUGCUGCCAAACAGGCCAUCCUCUAUGAGCUCCACUCAUCGAUGCAGCUUCGAGCAGAGAGGAUUCGUAUCCAUCGGAAAGGUUCCUCUGAUACUCAUCAUGAUGAUGCUGACGACAAUGUCAAAGACGUUGCUGAGAGGAAGCCAGUAACGCAGGUCCCCUCCCGAUGUCAAACCAAACAUGUGACAUUUGGUGAAGCACAUUUAGAACCAAGGCUCCAAUCCCGAAUCCCUGUGCCAGUUCGUCAAGACCCAAACCAAAGGUCAAGAAGUCACAAGGUAUCCAAUGUAAAGGGGCAGGAUGCUAGAAGCAGGAUUACACAAAGUGUCAGAAGAGGUGAUGGUGACCAAAAGCAUCAUGGGAACCAAACUGUAAACUUUGAGUAUACGUGGGGACAAAGAGGAAGGUUGAAUGAACUCAGAAUCAGGUUUCUUGCGAGGAAGUACUUUGGGGUGUGGAGAAGGAAUGCUUGCACUGGUGUCAGACCAUCAAUUAUCAGGGAGCAUUACAACUCUCGGCUGAUGCGGAAGAUGUUUGACGAGUGGAGAGAAUUCUGGUGGAUACAGCGCAGAGAAUGGACCCUUAUGAUAAGAGCUGAGUAUCAUCAUAGAUACAAGAUGUACCAACAUGUAUGGAUAUGUUGGAGAGCAUUUGUUGUGAGAGAAAAGGUGAAGAAUGCCAAGAAAGAAAUCUCAACUAUACAUGCCUCAAGUACAUUGCUACUCAAGGCCAUGUUAGCAUGGAAGCACUAUGUCACAUUGAGGAGAGCAAAGAGAGUACUGAAGCAGAAAGCUGAGAAGGUUCAUCAGAGACAUGCACUGCAAUUCUGUUGGAAUGAGUGGAGGGCUGCCAUGCAGCAGCGCAGAGAAGAGAAUGAUGCUGAGGUGUUUGCCUUGCAGUACUGGGCUGAGAGUCUCGUCCAGAGGGCAUGGAAUGCCUGGAGAAGAAGAUGGUUACAGAAACAGGAGAUGAAGGAGAAAGAGAUGCAAGCUCAGCAUCACUAUGAAAAGACACUGGUAUCUAGAUGUUAUUACCAGGGCCUGAUACCAUACACUCAUUAUAGGAAGGAGAAAAGGAGGAUCAGUGCACAAGCUUACCAGGUGUACUCUGACAGACUAUUAACCCAAUCCUGGCAGCAUUGGAAUCAGAGAUGGUUUACCCGUCGAUCCUUGGAACAGCGCCAGGAACAGGUUGAUCGUCUGGGAAACAGAGCCAGGAUGAGGAGACUCCUCACUCAUUGGAGAUUCUAUAUUCAUCAAGUACACAUUGAGAGGAGAAAAGAAGAUAUAGCAAGGAUACAUCAUAACACACAACUUAAGAAACUGGGCCUGUUGAUGCUGAGACUUGCUGUUGUUCAGAGGAGAGUGAAAGAAAGAAGAACAGAACAAGCAAUAGAAUUGCACCGAGAGAUGUUGGUGAAAGGUUGUUGGAAUCAAUGGAUCCUGCAGUGUGAACACAGAGAAGAGCUUAGACUGUUCUCAGCGACAAGGAAAGCAAGACAAAUGCACAGGAAGCACCUUUUGACUGCAGUAUUUCAGCAAUGGUGCCACUACACAGUAUGGAGGAGACAUCGUAAGGCACAGUAUGCCAUUGCAGAUAAUCACUAUGCUAGAAGGAACCUGCUUCCUAAGUGUAUCCAGAGACUUAGAGACAAUGCUGAGCUAGAGAAGAAGAAGAGGGCGCUCCAUGCACAGGCUAUGGAAUUCUACAGGGAAGGUGAGCUUGGUAGGUGUUUCUAUCAUUGGUGUCAAUCAUUUCAGCUGAGUCAAGAUGUUAGGAUGAUGGAAAGAAUGGCCUUCCUACACCAUGAGAGCAUACUUGCAAGGAGGUUCUUUACUGAGUGGAGAGAAAGAACAAGAUCUAAGCUGCAGGAAUCUGAGAAGAUGUUUCAUGCCUUGGACCAUCACCAUGUAUCCCUGAGUGCUAAGGCCUUGAAAAGGUGGAUGGAAUUCACAGUAGAAUCAAGACAGAGGAGUGAAUUUGAGAGGAAAGCAUCUGAGCAUGCCUAUAUUCAAACAACCAGGAAAGCAUGGGAUAUAUGGAGAAAGUAUGUCUCAUACCGUAGACUGAAGGAAGUGAAGAAGGAGAGAGCUGAUCUUCAUUAUAACAGGAAACAGAUUAGGAGGGUCUUCAUUGCAUGGAAGUUCCAUUGUCAUAAGAUGCAUGUUGUGUAUCAGGUUGUAGCAACCAAAGAAACAGCUGUCAAUCGUAGAAGACUCAGGCAUGCAUUUUCAGACUGGAAAGUCUGUGUAGAGACAGCCAAAGAGGAGAGAUUACUGGAGAGAAUUGCUAUCCAUCAUUGGAAUACAAGAAUACUCAACAAGAUUGUAGCAACUUGGCAUGCCUAUGCUCAGCAGCAUGCAGCUGAUACUGCUGUGAAAGUCUGGAGAUUACAACAACUACAAGCUCAAUUAGAUAGAGGUAUAUUACGGAGAGCAUUUCUAGCGUGGAAGCAGUGUGCUAAGACGGAAGCAGAGGACAGAAGGCGAGAGACGAAAGCAGAUACUUUCCAUGCUGAGAAAUUGAGACAGAGAUGCUUCCAACAAUGGAAGGCAUACAGGCUUCUUGCCAUCAAGAAAACACUUAUGGCUCGACAGGCACUGUGGCUGAAUAGGAUCAGGAUGCAAGCAAAGUUCUUCAAGCAAUGGAAACAACAGUAUAGUGAAGCCAAAGAAGAGAACGGCAAGACAGUAAUGGCCUUGUGGCUCUGGAGCAUGAGACUUCAGCAGCACACACUCCAUGCCUGGAUCAGGUACGUCAAAGAACGUCGGAGGAAGAAGGCACGUAUCACACAAGCUCUUGAACAACGCAGGGUAGAGCUGCUGAGAGAAGGGGUGCGUCAGUGGCUGAUGGUAGCCGGGAGUUUAGGGGAGAGAAGGGCUGCAGUGGCUGCUCAACACCAUGCUCAGACAUCCCUGAAGUCCUACCAAGUUGUCCAACGCUGUGCUGCCCUCUGGAGACAGAAGACUAUCGCCAACAGAGAAAAGAAGAAGAAACAUCGCAGCAUUAAACAGAGGAAGGUCAGGUUUGAAGAUGAGCACCCUACUAGAGGUCAUAGGCCAAAGGUCACUCUCCCUCCCACGACCCUAAUGUCAAGCAUGACAGUGGAACCGUUAGGAUCAAGGGGUCUUCCAGUGAUGAGUGCCUCUGUGGAAGAAAGGGUGAUGGAUCAUGCAGUAGGAAAAACAUCAUUUUCUACGAAACCUGUGAUGAGUAAAGUUCGCCCUCAGCCAAGAAAGCCAGAUUUCCUGAGAGAUUCACUUCAGAGAGAAGGACUAUGGUCACGGUCAGAUCUUCAUGCAAUAUCAAAUAAUUCUAAAGAAGAAUACCACCAUAGUAUUCCUCAGAAGCGAGGCAAAGCACUGUCAUCCACCCUACCAUCGAAUGAUCAACCACCCAGUAGUAGAACGUUUCAUGAUCCAUCAGAUAUGAAUGAACCUGUUAAAACAAGAAAACCCAUCCCUAAUAGUGUACCCCCAGAGGAUAUGGGGAAGACUAGAUCAUGUGGAUUGGAGGGACUAGCUGAUGAACCAAGAACUACUGACAGUGAAUUUGUACAUUCUGAAAGAGAUGACAGUGAUAACAAGAAGAAAAUUAUUGAUACCAAGUUUGAUUCUAGAAGUCCCAGAGCAUAUACCCUACCAAAGACCAAGGAUGGUUCAAGACUGACUCAGAGUGGUGUUGAUGUUUCUAGGAUAGAGAUGAAGCCUCCUGUUCUUCUUCCACCAUCUGCUUUUUCAUCAGGCCAACCUUCUACCUCUUAUAGACCCUCUAAAGGUGCAUCACAAUCUACAUCUGAUAGAGUGGGCAUGUUGCCGAGAAGGACGUCUUCCAUUCCAUUUAAUUUUGAGCAAACCCCAAGGUUUGGUGAUGAAGUAAAAGAUAAGAGUAGAGCAGAUUCCACUGAGGUUCUCUACGCUGAGAUACAAGGGCUGAAGAAUAUCCUCCAAGGAUACCAAGAUAUGAAACAUAAACUCAAGAGAUUGAAGAGUCAGGAGGCUGAGUUACAGGGAUGGGUUAAGGAGCUGAAUUUACCUUCAUCAACGGAGGACAGUGCAGCAUUAUUAAUUGGUGAUGAACUCACACAGGUUCAGGAGGAGAUAGCCUUGCUGACAUCCCAGCUACACCAGAAGAAACCACACAUCAAGAAUAUCCUCUCACAGAUCACUCAACUAACUCAGCAAGCUACAGGGUGAUUUUAAGUAUGGUGUCCAAACUUAGUCUUGUUGCUUAUGCUACAUGAUUUAUAGAUAAGCCAAAACACCCAACUGGAAGUUGGGAAGUCUCAACACUAUCAGUGUUGAGACAAUGUCAACUCUGGUCCCUUCACCAAAUUCAAGCCAGGCUUGUGUUGAGUAAAUUGAGUCAGUUACAUUCUCCAUGAAUAUGAAAUAUUGCUUGGAUCCUUGUGGAAUGCAUUAAAUCAUCCUUGAUUUUAAUAUACAGGAGAGAGAUACUUCAGGCACCUUGUCAAAAGUCAGAUCUGAGUUUUCCCCGCUGAAAUUCUGCAAGUAGCUUUUCUUUUCAAAUCAUCUUAGGUGCUGCAAAGAAGACGUAUAGCAUCCAUACAGUGGUGCUAAAGAGUGUGCGAAACCUGUGAUGUGACAAGCACAAUAAAUAAUAAUAUGUCUCGACUCCAAGAAUACGGUUACAGAGUGUCUUUGUUAUGUACCAAUUGUACUAACACAAAUGUAUCACAUCUGAGCAGUAGAUGGCGAAGUACAAAGUAUUCAGUAUAUUUACAUACAUUACAUCCCCCUUCCCCUAGUUUUUAAGGGCAGUGAUACAACAAAUUAUGAGGAAGGCAAUUCAAAAGAGAAAUCAAUGUAAAAUUGUCUUUGCUCGUAUAGUCAACAUAAACAAUGAUAUUACACUUUAUAACUUGAAAAACAUGACAAAAUCGUUUCUUUAUGCAGUCAGAUUCUUUGCCCUGAUUACCCAUUCCAUUAAGGCUUUAUAGUGGAGGAGCCAAUAACUAAAGAAUCAUACACUCAUACAUCCAAUAUAACCUAUGGGGAAGUUGUCCUCCCAUGUCACUUCUCACUGCAAUGUCGCCAGACACUGCACUCACUGGCAUGCACAGAAUACGUCCAUUCCGGCUGGGGGUGUGUGGAGAGUGUUUGUGUGUGCAUCUCCGGCGUUCGGAUGUACCCUGUUGGACAGAAAGUGCAUCCACGAUUGCCUUGCUCGUCACUCAAUGUUUUCACGCUCUUUCAAGAUUCUAAUGUGUUGUCUGUUCCUCCGAAACUCGCCAUGUGGUGAGUUGAUGAGGUAGAUACUAGGUGGUGAUUCAUGAGCAGCGAUAAUGCAACCCUGGAUCCACUCGCUUGGGCAUGCCUUGAACCACAUCAGCUGGUCUGGCUCGAGAUGUGGGAGUUAUUUGUUUCUUGACCUGUUAUCAUAAUACAUCGCUUGUUUACAUUGUCCUCAUAAGAGGUACUUUAUUUGUUCAUAUGAUAUUUACAAAUGUUUGAUAAAAAAGUCACAUACAAAAAUGUACAUAGAUAAAAUAACAAAACAGGAACUAAAGGAUUGAAAAAACCUUUGAGACCUGUUUUGAAUCAAGUCUCUUUUGAUUACAUUUUCUUCUUAGAUAACUUCGAAUUUCUACCUUCAGAUCUUUCAUGAAAUAAAAAGCACAAGUCGUACAUGUAUGCUUGUCGUUUCCAAAACAUUUUCUGAUUGUACUCCAAUUAUACAUUGACAGCAAUCCCUUGGUAGGUUGAAGCAACACAGUGCUUGUGUCAAUGCAAGAAGAAGGGAGAUCAUUGCAGGUGGCACCACAAUCUACCU